ACUACACUGCUGCACUUACGCUUUACCUACAUCAUACUUUUGACGACCCUUGCCGACCUCGACGUGGCUCUCAUAAACAUCUGCUGUUAUUCAUGUAAUUCAACGCACCAUUUUUAAACGACUACACGAUCCGAAAUCACCAUCCCGAACAACGAUCGAGUGCAGAUCGCAUUCUGGCUGAGAGCCAAUUGAAUCGCGCGUUGUCUGUCGGACGACAUAUAUUCUAGACGCUUCGCCUCAAUCACAAUGCAUCUCCCUCGGCAGCAGAUCGCGCAGCUAUACAAUUCCCUCCUCAAGACCACGCACUCUUCCUCGGCACCGGUUCUGAUCCUGACCGCACUCACAGUAGACAGCAUAUGUGCUACUCGGAUAUUAACGAGCCUUCUCAAGCGCGACUACAUCCCUCACACCAUCAAACCUAUAGCCGGCUAUGCUGAUCUAUUACGUGUCGGAGCAGACUCGGUCCUGCCAUUAACACGACAAAGAGGUGGAGAUGGCGGCACGGUGGUGUGCUUGGGCUUGGGUGGAUCAGCGGCCAUGGAAGAAGUAUUAGGACUAGAUGGGGUGGGUGCAGACGGCGAGGCCUCGGGCGUAAGCAUGGAAAAUCACGGCGUCGAGGUCUGGAUUAUCGAUGCCCGACGGCCGUGGAAUCUCGAAAACCUGUUUGGAAAUUCUGCAGCUAUGAAGCGAGAUGAAGCUGGAGUUGUGCGACGUCCUGGCGUGAGCGAUGGCAAAAUUGCACCCAACUACAGACCAGGUCAAGGCGGCGUCAUCAUAUGGGAUGACGACAACAUAGAGCUGGACCUCCAAGUCGAACGAGAAGCGUUUCUUGCACUGCAAGGCAUGCCGGAUAUCACGGAGGCCGAUGUCGGAAACGACGAAGACGAGGAUGAGCAACAGAUGAACAGCUUCGAGGCCAGUGACCCUAGUUCACCCAGCAGCGUAGGCCAGAAACGCAAGCGCCAAGAAGCCGGUGACACAUCCGACGCGGACUUGGAUUCGGAUGACGAAGAUGAGCCAGAGAGACGACGAAGACGGAGCAAUUCUAGCGGGUCCAUUCCGAUACCUUCAUCUCCAGGCGGUAAUCCUCUCUCGGCGCAGUACCACGGUACAUCGACGCCGCCGACAAUGCCAUCCUCACCUCCCAAAGUUCGAGCACCCUCAGAGAAGCAAUUGCGAAGGCAGCUUCUGGCGUUACGGAAGAAGCACGAGAAUACGUUACUUCAGUACUACGGCCGGGGCAGUCAGAUGGCAGAGCCUGUCAGUAGUAUUCUAUACUCGCUGGCAUCGGAACUCGGUCGAGAAGACAACGAAUUUCUCUGGCUGGCAAUCGUGGGCAUCAGCUCAUUAGUAUCAUCUCCGUCAGGCAUCGGAAAGAAGGCGAACCAGGUCCGAGAAGUUCUUCGAGAUGAAGUUCGUCGAUUGAAUCCCGUCCCGCUCGCUGAGCUCCAAAGAUCACAAAGCAGCGAGGCGAUAAUACCUACCACCGCAAGAAGUACCACCGACACAAGCAUUCGACUGUCUCCCGAGCCGAGGUUUCUACUCAUCCGACAUUGGAGUUUGUACGAUGCAAUGCUACACUCGCCUUAUCUGGCAACUCGACUACACGUCUGGUCAGAUUCUGGACGGAAACGACUUCACAAGCUACUCGCCAAGAUGGGCAUCAGUCUGCAGGAGGCCGGCAAAGGAUUCUUACACAUGGACAGCGAGAUCAAGAGAACAUUGCGCAGCAGGAUUCUGAAGUUCGUCGAGCAGUACAACCUCCAUGGUCUGGUCCCUGUCGGUGAUGCACGCUCAGGAAUGGACGAUUGGGGAUUUGUUCGAUCGUGGGGUUGGCGGGGGACGUUGAGCGCCGAAGAUGUCGCCGUCGUAGUCGGCGCUAUCCUCGAGGUGGGAACGGAGAUUCGAGGCAUGACCGAUUUCCACAAGGACAACCGCGUGCACGUCUCCACCAGCUACAACAACCGCAUGCGCAACCCUCCAACACCCCCUCACUCCUCCGACGACGGCCACGAGCGCGAGAAGCCCGACACCACCUCCGACUUCAUCACCCAACGUUUCUUCAAAGCCUACGACGCCCUCGCCCCCGGCUCCGGGCUGAACACGCUCCUCCAAAACCUCGAAGUCGCACAGAACCUCUACAAGGCCAUCCUCCGAGUCGGUUCCGCCAUCAUCAGCAAGCAACAGAUCCGGCACCUGCGCUCCUUCCGCAUGGCCGUCAUCAAAGAAGGCCCCGACGUCCCGCUCUUCACCCACCCCGGCGCCCUCGCCCGCCUCGCCGCCUGGAUCAGCGACGCCAUGACCGUCAUCGAGAGCGAAAAGGGCCGACGCUCGAACGCUCCCGGCGCCAACGCCUGGGUCCUCGCCACGCUCGACGAGGAGCGCGACGUCUUCGUCGUCAUCGGCCUCGGCGGCGGGAGCGUCGGCGCCGCCGGCACCAAGACCUUCCGCUCGAAGGCGGAGAUCAAAGCCCGCGCGGAGCGGAAACAGGCGAGGACGAUCGCCCAGGCGGCGAAAGCGGCGGAGAAAACCCGCCGGCGCGAGGAGAAGCGACGGCUCCGGCGGGAGCGCAACGCCGCGAACAAUCUGUUCGUCGACUCCGAUGACGAGGAGGAGUUGGAGACCGAGUCCGAGUCGGAAUCUUCCUCGGAAGGAGACGAGGAUUCCGAUCUCGACUCGGAUGGCGACGACGAGGGUGAUGCGAAGAGGGCGAAGAGGAGAGGUCUCAAUCGCUUCGGCCUCGCGUUCCAGGAGACGGUCGAGCAGACGGGCGCGAGGGUCCGGCUGGAUUCCUUCGAACAUAGCGUCGUCGAAGUCGCCAAGGAGGAUCUCGCGAGGUUUCUGGAGGCGUUGAGCACGAAGGCUGUUGUUGGGUAGGAAGGGAACUUUUCGGCAUUUAUCGAUUGUUGUUGUUCUUUUCGGACACGCAGGAAAUAUUCCCCUCUGAUUGUCGGUCCCUGCUUGUUGGCUAUUGCUACUUAUUGUUGUUG